GCCGUGUCUUGCGUUUUGCUGCCAACGAACCAGAACAUGGGCAAGUGCUCCAAGGACAAGCGUGAUAUCUACUAUCGCAAGGCCAAGGAACAGGGCUAUCGAGCGCGAUCCGCCUUCAAGCUUCUUCAGCUCGAUGACACCUUCCGACUCCUUCACGGCGUCACACGCGUCGUCGACCUCUGCGCCGCACCUGGUGGCUGGACGCAAGUCAUCUCUGAGCGACUGCCCCUGGCGACGGCUGGCGAUGUGAGCAUUGUUGCGGUCGACCUCAUGGAGAUGGCGCCACUACCUAACGUCGUGCAGAUCCAAGGCGACAUCACAGCGCAGGCGACGGCGGACGCGAUCAUUGCCGAGUUCCACGGCGCGAAAGCCCAAGUAGUUGUCAGUGAUGGUGCACCGGAUGUUCUCGGCCUCCACGACCUAGACGAGUACCUCCAAGCGCAGCUCGUUCUGGCUGCGCUCAACAUCAGCUUGAAUGUGCUAGAAGAGGGUGGCACGUUCGUCGCCAAGAUCUUCCGAGGCAAGGAGGUAUCGCGCCUCUACGCACAGCUUGCGCUUUUUUUCGAGUCGGUUGUCUGUGCCAAACCCAAGGCAAGCCGCAACUCGAGCUUUGAGAGCUUUGUUGUGUGCAAAAACCUGCGAAUUCCACAAGGAUACACGCCCUCGAUGGAGCUCAGUUUGUUCGACCUGCCGUACGAGACCGAGGCGGGCCGCGUGGCAGGGUCGACCCACGUGACUUUCCAGUCGUGCGGCGACGUCGAUGGUUGGGAUGCUGACCAGUCGUAUCCAAUGGACGAUACGGAUGUGCACCACGAGCCGCUGCAGCGCCCGAUCAACCCACCGUAUGCGCUGGCGCAGAAAACCGUUUAAAAUCGAAUGAACUUCAUACACGAUCUCC